AAUUCGUUGUUUUUGUGAAGAAUUGAAGUGAAUUUAGUCGAUAAAAAUGGAUGCUAUAAAAUAUGAUUUUAACAUGAACAGAGAGCAAAAUAGAAAGGCUACCUUCAUAGAAUGGCCAUUCAACGAUGAGAAUUGUAACUGUACCUCAGAAAAGAUGGCUGCAGCAGGUUUUUAUCACUGUCCUACUGACAGAGAUCAAGAUAUUGCUCGUUGUUUUGUUUGCUUUAAAGAACUCGAAGGAUGGGAGCCAGAAGACGACCCCUGGAAAGAGCAUAAAAGCCAUUCUCCAAAGUGUGAGUUCUUGGCAUUAAACAAAAGGGAAGAAGAUAUGACGGUAGAGGAAUUCCUAGAUCUGGAAACCAAGGGACAAAAUAAUAGAGUAAAAAAGAUAGCAGAGCUCAAAAUCCGUGAGUUUGAAGAAACUGCUGAACAUGUUAAGGAGGAAAUGAAAAAACUGGUGCCUUGAAAAUAAAUAAAAAAGACUUUUGCUCUGACCCUACAAGAUUGUAUAAACUAUAAUAGAAGGUUUUCACUCUCCUGACAAGGCAGCCACAUCGUACCAAAUACUUUAGAAGCUUUCUGAAUAAUUUUUGGAUAAUAAUAGAAAGACAUGAAAACGCUCUAUAUGUAUUUACACUAACUUACUGGUCACAUGACUCUAUCCAUCCCCCACCCCUAAAAAAGCAGAAAUGAAAGGAGUUACAACAAGCAAUGAAGCCUAGUUAAUUGAGAAAAAACUUUAAUAGUAACCAUGGGAAUGAACAUAAAUGAAAGACUGUGAUUGGCUGAGAUCAAUAUGGUACUUUCCUGAUUAGCUAAACUUGUUUUCAAUUUUGUUCAAGUGGUCUCUGUUAGGAUAUCCGCACAGUGUAUAUAAAUUUAUAAAUUCCAUAAGGAUUUGUAUGAAAUAAUGUUGGCUGGCAAGCUUUGUUUAUUUUCACAUAACUGCUCAAUCCAUAAUUCCAUCUAAAUGUUUUAACCACACUUUACGACAUGUCAAUAGCCUCAAUAGGAACAUCAAUUUUUUUAGCUAAUUUUUUAUUUUAUUUAUAUAAAUGUUAUUUCAAUAUGUCAUUGUCAUGUCAAAGCCUCAAAACUAUGAAAGCUCAAUGUAUAACAUUGAGAGUACAAAUAAAUUGAUAUUUAACGAUA